GGAUUGUUCCUUACACCUGAGGAGUUUUACAAACGCCUUGACGACAUGAACGUGUUAAUUGUAGACGUUCGACAAACUAACGAAUACGAUCAAACUAGAAUCAAGAAAAAAAUGCAGGAGGCAUGAUUAAUAUUCCACCCGAACUCAUUCAACCAGGCCUUUUCGCAAAUACGCUAGGGCUUAAAUUGCCACCAGUGACCUGUGUAAUCUGGGAUAAGCGAGAUAGCUUCGACUGCAUUGUCAUUUUGGAUUAUGACACAACAAAGUUUACCUAUGGAUUGUCGAAAUUACACUGACUACGCAUAUUCAUAACUGAGUGGGACUGCAACAGAAGCUACCGGGAGCUCCCAUUUAUCCUAGAUGGCG